CGCGGACACAGCGGGCAUGAGCAGUGCGAGGGCUGCAGGCCAGAGGCACUGGGUGGGCAAAGAGGUGUGUCCAUCUGGGUCUAUCCCUGGCGCUGAGCCAGGCCUGAGUCAUGUUGCUCACUCCCUCCUCCCAGCUCUUCUCUGCUCACCUCUGCGCUGCUGGCUGCUGAGGAAGGCCCGCCCUGGUGCCGGCUGCUGCUUGGGCCCUUGGGUGGGCAUGGGUAGAGGGGCCGGGGCUGCCGAUCCUGCCCCGUCCCCUGCCCAGGCUUCCCUCCCGCUCCACUGAUUCUCCACUUAGGUUAAUUAUAACUCUGACCUAAGUGCCCUGUGACGCCAGGCCCCAGCGGCCCUGCCGGAGAACCAGCAACCAGGUCCAUGUCCCAGCCAUGCUCCCCGCAGACGUGCCCCUUUCCCACCUGAGCCCUCCGGUGCUGCCGCUGCUGCUGCUGCUGCUACAGCAGCUGCCCCCCACAGCUUCCUUCUUCCCCAACAUCUGGAGCCUCCUGGCUGCCCCUGGCUCCAUCACCCACCAGGACCUGACUGAGGAGGCAGCCCUCAAUGUCACCCUGCAGCUCUUCCUGGAGCAGCCGCCCCCAGGUCGGCCCCCACUUCAGCUUGAGGACUUCCUGGGCCGCACCCUCCUCGCCGAUGACCUCUUUGCUGCCUACUUUGGACCUGGAUUUCCUUCCCGGCGGUUCCGAGCAGCCUUAGGUGAGGUGUCUCGUGCCAACGCAGCCCAGGACUUCCUGCCAACAUCCAGGAACGACCCUGACCUGCACUUCGAUGCGGAGCGGCUAGGCCAGGGGCGCAUGCGCCUUGUGGGGGCUCUCCGGGAGGCCCUGGUGGCAGCCAGGGCCCUGGAGCACACCCUGGCCCGCCAGCGCCUCGGGGCCGCGCUUCAUGCUUUGCAGGAUUUCUAUAGUCACAGCAACUGGGUGGAAUUGGGGCAGCAGCAACCACAGCCUCACCUCCUCUGGCCGAGGCAGGAACUCCGGAGCCUGGCACGAGUGGAUGAUCCUACCUGCUCUGAUUGUGAGGAGUUGAGCUGCCCCGGGAAUUUGUUGGGCUUUACACUCCUCACGUCUGGCUACUUUGGAACUCAUCCCUCCAAACCUCCAGGGAAAUGUAGCCAUGGGGGCCGUUUUGACCGGAGCAGCUCCCAGCCCCCACGGGGAGGCAUCAACAAGGAUAGCACAUCCCCGGGCUUCUCCCCCCACCACAUGCUGCACCUCCAGGCGGCAAAACUGGCCCUUCAGGCCUCCAUCCAGGCCUUCAGUCUCCUGAGAAACCGCCUGGGAGACAGAGGUUUCUCCAGACUGCUGGACAUCAGCCCAGCCUCCAGCCUGAGCUUCGUCCUGGACACCACGGGCAGUAUGGGUGAGGAGAUCAAUGCUGCCAAAAUCCAGGCUCGCCACAUUGUGGAACAGCGGCAGGGCAGCCCCAUGGAGCCCGUCCACUACGUCCUGGUGCCUUUCCACGAUCCAGGGUUUGGUCCUGUCUUUACAACCAGUGACCCUGACAGCUUCUGGCAACAGCUCAAUGAGAUCCAUGCUUUGGGUGGUGGAGAUGAGCCUGAGAUGUGCCUGUCGGCCCUGGAGCUGGCUCUGCUGCACACCCCUCCGCUCUCAGACAUCUUUGUCUUCACUGACGCCUCCCCCAAGGAUGCCAUGCUCACCAGCCGGGUGGAAUCCCUAACUCAGGAGCGGCGCUGCAGAGUGACAUUCCUAGUGACUGAAGACCCAUCGAGGGUUCAGGGCCGAGCUCGGCGUGAGGUCUUGUCCCCUCUGCGUUUUGAACCAUAUGAAGCAGUGGCCCUGGCCUCAGGAGGAGAGGUCAUCUUCACCAAGGACCAGCACAUUCAGGAUGUAGCCACCAUUGUUGGGGACAGCAUGGCUGACCUGGUUAAUGGUUUAACCCAGUGUGUUGCCACUACAGUCAGAAGGGUGGGAAAGGAGGUUACCCUUCCCCUGGAGCCUCCUGUUGUGGUGUCUGGGAGGUCACUUGUGUUCCGUGUGGAUGCGCUGCUCCAGAAGGUCACAGUUCGGAUCCACAGGGAGGUCAGCAGCUUCUGGAUCAGAAACCCUGCAGGGGUCUCCCAGGGCCAGGAGGAAGGUGAGGGGCCUCUAGGUCACACACGUCGCUUCGGGCAGUUCUGGAUAGUUACCUUGAAUGACCCGCCACAGACAGGGACCUGGGAGAUCCAGGUCACAGCUGAGGGCACGCCCCGGGUGAGAGUGCAAGCUCGGACAGCUCUGGACUUCCUCUUCUACUUUGGGAUUCACAUGGAGGAUGGCCCCCACCCUGGCCUCUACCCGCUGACUCAGCCAGUUGCAGGCCUCCAGACCCAGCUGCUGGUAGAGGUGACAGGGCCAGGCUCCAGAGGCAAGCUCGGAGACCCUCGACCACACUUCUCCCACAUUGUCCUUCGAGGGGUCCCUGAUGGUGCCGAGCGGGGCCGGGUGCCUCUGGAGCCCACAGGACCGCGGGAGCGCAAUCUCCUCACCGCCUCGCUUCCACCUACGCUUCUGUCCACCACGGGACCCUUCUCUGUGGAGCUGAUCGGCCAGGACGGAGAGGGGCGAGGCCUGCACCGAGCGGCCCCCCAGCCAUGCACCGUGGUUCCUGUCCUUCUGGAGCUCGGCGGUUCCCCAGGGUUCCUGGCUCCAGGCAGCAAGGCCCUGCUCAGCCUCCGCAUCACUAGUUUCUCAGGUCCUCAAGAUCUCGACCUUAGGACAUCUGUCAGCCCCAGCUUCCCUCUCACCUCCAAUCUCUCCAGGGUUCGCCUGGAACUGAAUGAGUCCGCCUGGGGAAGCCUAUGGUUGGAGGUUCCAGACUCAGCCGCGCCAGACUCAGUGGUGACAGUGACUGUGACCGUGACAGGUCGAGAGGCUAGCCGAGGGCCUCCCACACACGCUUUCCUCCGGCUCCUGGUGCUGGGCCCUGCGCUGCAGGACCCUCUGGCCGCCCCUGCCCACUCAUCUGGCCCCAUCCUCACCUCGACCAGCCCGGCCUCCACUUUGGUGACUCAGGGAAGGGCCGGGGGAGGGCGGGUGGACAAGCCCUGGUGGGGCACAGUUGGCGGGGUGCUGCUCCUGCUAGGCCUGGCCUCCUGGUGACACGGAGGGAUGGCUCUCCAGAGCUAUUUGCAAUCUUGCCCCAUUGGUGAGAAGGUAACGUGGGCCUUGGGACCCCACCUCUCCCAGCUGGGAUGGAGGUUUUCCUUCUCUUGCACUUGUCCCUCUCUUUCUUAGUGAGAUCGGGAUAGAGGGCAAUAGAUUUUCCCACAGUGCACUUUUUUUUUUUAACCCUGGUGGGAACUAAACCAAAUACCUCUUUUUGGAGAAAGUUGCUUCCUAUCUCUCCACAGCAUCUCCUUAUUCCACUAUUUAUUCAUGCUUUCCCAAGCUCAGGUAGAAGGAAAGAUAUAUGGAGACUAAAUUUGGAGACUAAUAUGGAGAGGAGACUAAAUUUGGCAGUGGGGUUUAUUUAUA